AUGAAACUUUUAUUUAACCAAUUUGUUGAUGGGUGUUGUGUUGUUAUCGAGUUUCGUUUGGUGUUCUUCCACCGGAGCAUCGAGGCGGCUGAUUUACAGGAUCAAUCUGAAGCAAUCUUAGAGAAUGUUUGGGCGAACUUUAUUGGUGAAAAUGGAUUGGAUGGACAUGGUGGAACAAAAAGUGCUUCAGGAUUAAACAAAUCUUGGACAGAGCUACCGAGUCUUUGUGGCAGAGAUGGAUCCAUGGAGGUUCUUGAGAGGCUACCAAGCCUUGGAAGAUGGGUGUCCAUGGGAGCUGAGGCAUGGGAGGAGCUUCUUGAUGGGAUUGUCCCUAAAAGCACUACAGAGCAAUCUUUCCAUGAGAAUUUGGAGAACAACCCCACCAAUCAUUCAGGUUUUGGUGUCGACAGAAGGCGAUCAGAGAAGGUUGUGGCAACGAGACACUACCGUGGUGUGAGGAGACGACCGUGGGGGAAAUAUGCAGCAGAGAUUCGAGACUCGUCAAGAAAUGGUGCUCGGGUGUGGCUCGGGACUUUCCAUACAGCUGAGGAAGCUGCAUUGGCUUAUGACAAAGCAGCGCUGAGAAUUAGAGGUCCAAAGGCACAUCUCAAUUUCCCUGUUGAGACUGUUGCUGAGGCUAUGGGAAUGCGUUUGUCAACAAACUAUGAUCAUUUGGAUAACAAUCUCACGCCUUCUUUUCAAGGGUAUGACUCUGCUUACUCAACCCUUGGCAGCCAUGGAAGUUCGUCGAUCACGGGCAAGCGAUCGACAAGAGAAUGGGAAGAGGAAGACGGUUUCAAUUUCGACAUCAUGGAAUUCGAACAGCCAUCAAUGAAGAGAAAGGCGAGCACGAACAAGAACAACAUGUUCUACAACGAUUUCGACGUCUUCGAGUUCCAAGACUUGGGGAGUGAGUACUUGGAAAAUUUGCUGUCUUCUUUAUGAUAUCAUCUUCUUCAAAAACUCCUCCAUUUGGAUCGGUAACGGCAAGGUUUUUGUCACUCAGUAGACAGAAAUAUGUUUCAAUUUGUAGCCCUUUAUUGUUUAUGAUCAGCACCAUCAUUAAUUUCUAAUCUACCAUAUAACGAUUUGAUUCA